UCUUUGAUCAGCCUAACGCUUUCUUUUCUCACCCCGGCUCAGCCUUGUUCUUAAACCUUACCGCAAGGGAUAAAUCUAAAUGGAGGGUUCUCUCCCAAGUCCAUGAUCUUCAUCAAUCAGGGAGACAGUGAGGAGAGGCUGGGCCACAUGGAUCAAUAAUUUCCUUCAAGAAGAAAGAGGGUCUUGCCAUCUGCUCUUCAAGCAGGGUUAUGCUGUUUAGUUAGCAUAUUGCAUCUGGUGUUCAGAGCCACCUAAAUAUCCUCUGAAUCUUGAAGAUACUGGAAGGAACAGAAACCGCAGACUAACUCAGCUUAAGUGUGCUUUGGACUAUUUUUCGGCUCACAUCAGAGUGGAUAAUCAGUCAUAACUCGAUUCAAGCAACUGUUAUUGAAGGAUGGGGCAGUUAAAAACACUUGGACCCAAUCGCAAAACCAUUGUUCUGCACCAACUGAAGCUUCAGCAAAUAAACAGAGGGAAGACGAAAGGCGAAGGAGCAGGAAAUCAUGCCGGUGCCUGUUUGAAGGAGACUUGACAGCAGAAUGGGAUUUGAGUGCAUUCAGUGAUCGUUUACAAUGGCGCUCACUGUAAUUCCUGCAGUGUGGUUAACCAUGAACAGCUCUUAUCAUCUGUUACGCACUCAGUGUGUUGGGUGUGUUGCACGUUUCUUUGGGACGCCUGUCCAUAGAAUAUUCCUAUCAGGUGGAAUGCGCUUGCAGACCUCUGGAUCACCGCAAAGCUAUGGUCAGGUGCAGAGGGCUAUCCAUUGCAGUUCAUUAUGCUCCAUGAAUCGACCAGAUCGAACAGAACUCAAUAAGGCAUUCGAGUUUGAGACCCAGAAUAAAGACAAAACUUUGGUCACUCAUGAUGAUUUAUUCGAGCGAGCUGCUAAAAAUGUAAAGACCAAGGCUGAUUUCAACAGGGUGGUGGAUGUUUUCAACAAGAAGGACAUUCGGCGACGGGGACAUGUGGAGUUUAUUUAUGCUGCCCUAAAGAAAAUGGCAGAAUUUGGAGUAGAACGAGACAUUACUGUUUAUAACAAACUCCUGGAUGUGUUUCCUAAAGAGGUGUUCGUACCACGAAACUUUAUACAGAGGAUGUUCAACCACUACCCAAGACAACAGGAGUGUGGUGUGCAGCUGCUGGAGCAGAUGGAGAGUCAUGGUAUCAUGCCGAAUGUAGAGACCAAGGUUUUGCUGGCACAGAUAUUUGGGGAGAAGAGCCAUCCCAUGAGGAAAUACCAGCGUAUCAUGUACUGGUUUCCCAAGUUCAAGCACGCAAACCCCUACCCCAUCCCACAUGUACUCCCCAGUGACCCAGUGGACCUUGCUCGAUUCAGUCUUACUCGCAUCGCUGAUGACCCAGAUGCCAAAAUAACAAUCUAUCAGUAUCCAUCAACAGACAUCACAAAGACAGGAGAAGGUGUCACUAGGCCCCAUAUUGUAGGUAUCCAAAGUCCAGACCAGCGCUCUCUUCUGGCCAAACAUAAUCCCUGCAGGCCCGUGUUUGUAGAAGGCCCAUUCUCACUGUGGCUCAGGAAGACUUGUGUUCAUUAUUACCUGCUACGGGCUGACCCUAUACCACCUGAAGAAAAGGUGAAGGAAGAAUUUGACCCAGAGCUUAUGGGCCCCGAGCAGAGUUUCUUCUUCCCUCAGCAUGUGGAACUCAACCUAGAAAGAGACAUGGGUGAUGAUGACAGCUUCGAUGUGGAUGAUGUGGAAGAGGGGCUGGUUUAUGCCAUGUGUAUGGCAGGUCAGGGUGACCAAGCUACUCUGGCACAAUGGAUUUCUGGUCUUCAGGAAACAUGUCCCAUGUUGGGCCAGAUACCUACACUCUUCCGUCUGGAAUCUGGACCUAGAGAAUUACAAACCUCAUCAGAUGCUCAGCAAACCUCUGAGGAGCCUGAGCUGGGGCUUGAAACUGAUCAUAUUAUCGAGGAGGAACCACUGCACUCACAAGGAGUGAAACAGUGAGUUUAAUAUUUCACAAUGCCAAUGGAUGCUUGUGUUUUAUCAGGACCUCAAAGAAGAUCUACUCCACUACAAUCAGAUCUGAGGAAGCUUAUAUUUAGUUUAGUAAGCAUAUUUUGCCAUGUUUUACCAAUCUGACAAAGCGUAUUUGUAUUGAAGGUCUGACAGAUGUCUUCAAGAAAGGGAUCUUAUCGAUUUGACACAAACUUUCAAGUAAAAAGUUCAUAGUAGUAGAGCAUUGUGAGGGUUUUUCAGUUGUACAGGAAAUUAAAUUUGUGAUGAGAUGACCUGUGAUUAGAGAUUGUUAUACAUUGUGAAGUUGCUCUAAGAAAAUCACACCACUGCAUUUGGCAUGCUCCGAUAUGUCAUAAACUGAUCCAACAGUUAAAUAAAAUAUGCAUUUC